UCCGGCGCCACCCGCCGUUAACAAAACAAAAGAAGAAGAAGUAACAUUGGAAGGAUGAAAAAUGGCUAAACAUGGGAGAGACGGAACCAAGGAGUUGGAAGAAAGCGUGAAGAGGGUGAAGAGUGACAGUGAGAACAAUGAGAACAAUGGAGGAGAGACUCUUCUGUGUGGGUUUCAAACAUCCAGCGUGUUGAGUGAGUCUGUCCGAGAGAAGACCGUCUUCGUCCAUGGAAAGCUGGAUGGUCAGGAUGCUGUGGUGAUUAUGGAGAAGAUUCCCUUCGGAGAAGACUCCCUGACUGACCUCUUCACUGGCUCCAGACUCAAACUGGAGAUGAGGAACGACAUUUACAGCACGUACUGGCUGCAGCCCCCCCCUCACCUCAGUGAGAUCAAGACCACUGUGGUGUUUCCAGCCACAGAGAAGCACGUGAAGAAAUACCAGCGUCAGGAGAGUUUUCUGUUGGAGGAGUCGGCGACGGACUAUGAGUCCAUCACUCUGCCUUACAUUCAGGGGCAGAGUUUCAGCGUGCAGUGGGUGUACAACAUCCUGGAGAAGAAGGCAGAGGCUGAGAGGAUCAUUUAUGAAGAUCCGGACCCGGAGAUCGGCUUCGUCCUCCUCCCUGAUUUCAAAUGGGACCAAAAACAGGUAAAUAAUUUGUACCUGAUUGCUAUUGUACACAAGAGGAACAUCAAAAGUCUGAGGGACCUGACGUUAGAGCAUAUACCACUGCUCCAGAACAUCUUACAAAGAGGAAAGGAGGCCAUCCUGAAGUGCUACAACCUCCCAGCCAGUAAGCUGAGAGUCUACCUGCACUACCAGCCGUCCUACUACCACCUCCAUAUCCACUUCACCAAGCUGGGCUACGAGGUUCCGGGCUGCGGAGUGGAGCGCGCCCACCUCCUCGCAGAUGUUAUCCAAAACCUCCAGUCUGACCCAAAGUACUACAAAACCCGGACGCUGUACUUCCCCCUGAGGGCCGAUGAUGGACUGCUCAGCAAGUUCAAGGAGGCAGGGCGACUGUAAUUUCUAAAUAUAAAUAUUUGGAUCUAUUCAUUUUACAUGUUUCAUUUGGAAUUUUCACUUUUUUAUAAUUGUCCUUACUAAAGCCUGACUGAUAUGGAUUUUUGGUGACGAAUGUCGAUACUGAUAAUGGAGAGUAAAAUGUAUCUGUUUUUUAAUGUUUGUAAUGUUUUCAAUAUGUAAACUGACUAGAUUAAAUAGUAC